UUUGAAUAGAGCUUUCCAUCUCUCCUGGCCUUUUUAUAGCAAGUGGUACCUCUCUCCCUCUCUCUUUUUGGUUUGCUUUCUCAUCCCUGCCAAAUAGCCUCCAUAAUGGCUCUUUCCUGUCAAAAUUGUUGCUGUCUUUUUGUGUCAUGUUUAACCAUUCUAUGUCUAGUACUUUUGGUUCAACCCCAUCUAGCUUUCUCAGCUCUCCUAUACAGCCUCAAAAACCACCAUAACCACAAUCACCAAAUACGACCCAUGAUCCAAGCCAACCAAAGCAAUUGUGCAUUGUUUGCUGGCACCUGGGUUCGUGAUGACACAUACCCAAUAUACCAAUCUUCUAACUGUCCAAUCAUAGACCCCGAGUUCGACUGCCAAAUGUUCGGUCGGCCGGACUCCGAUUACCUCAAAUAUCGAUGGCAGCCCCUCAACUGUGAGCUUCCAAGAUUCAAUGGAUAUGAAUUUUUGCUGAAAAUGAGAGGGAAGACAGUGAUGUUUGUGGGUGACUCACUUGGACGGAAUCAAUGGGAGUCUUUGAUUUGCAUGGUUUCAGCUGCAGCUCCCACAACCCCAACACAAAUCUUCAGAGGCGACCCUCUCUCAACCUUUAAGUUCUUGGACUACAGUUUGUCCAUAUCAUUUUACCGAGCUCCAUAUCUGGUUGACAUAGAGAUGGAACAUGCAAAGAGAGUUCUAAAGCUGGAGAAAAUCUCCGGCAACGGCGACAUUUGGCAGGGCGUUGAUGUGCUGUCGUUCAACACUGGUCACUGGUGGAGCCACCAAGGGUCCCUCCAAGGGUGGGAUUACAUGGAAUGAGGGAAAUAUUACCAAGACAUGGAUCGCUUGGUUGCUUUGGACAAGGCACUUAAAACAUGGGCCAAUUGGGUAGACACCAACAUUGACAGCACCAGAACCCAAGUCUUCUUUCAGUCCAUCUCUCCCACACACUACGACACAAAUGAAUGGAAUUUGGGUGCUGCUGCAACAACAACAUCAACAACAACAACAACGAGGAAUUGUUAUGGAGAAACGGCACCAAUUAGUGGAACAUCUUACGGGGGCAUAUACCCUGAACAAAUGAGGGUGGUGGACAGUGUGCUUAGGGACAUGCAAUACCCUGCAUACUUGCUGGACAUAACCAUGCUGUCGGAGCUGAGGAAAGACGGCCACCCUUCCAUCUAUAGCGGCGAUUUGAGCCCCGAGCAACGAGCCAACCCGGCUCGGUCUGCUGAUUGUAGCCAUUGGUGCCUUCCUGGAUUGCCUGAUACAUGGAACCAAUUGUUAUAUACUGCUUUGUUCUUCUAAGCACGUGUUUGCUAUUAGGCUAUGGCAUUUAAUUUUUAUGAUACAACUGAUAUAGAGAAGCAAAAUCUCCCCUUUCUUAGCUUCAAUUUGCAUUUAAGGCUAUACAAUAUGGAUGACUUCAUUCAUGAAGAUUAUGAUUGAUGA